UAUAUGUGCGUUGGGAAGUCUGAGAGGUAGUGCGGCCGAUAAAGUUACACAAAUUAUAUGUAUUCUAGUUUUGUAUUUCGAUCAAUUUAGCACAACAGUGGUGAAGAAGGUCCAGCUUACGUGCCUGAUUAGAAGUACCCAUUUGUGCAGUGAAUGCUGAGCUCACUCGAGUAUUAUAAUAAUUGUAAAAUCAAAAAUUCUUCAAUCGUUUUAUCGAGAGAAAACGUCAGCAGUGGAAAGAGAGUGCAGUUAUUUCAAAGACUGUUGUAUUUCAUAUGCUUAGUGCAUGGUAUAAGCCUUGAAGUGUGUAGAAAACCGAUCAUGAAAGGCCACCGAUGGUAGCCCGGAGAAUCUAUCACGGUGUAAUAAAUAUCUCGCUGCUACUGCAAUGACCUAAACAUACAUCGGCAGGAAACUGUCAUUUGCAAAUCAUUCAAUGCAGAUGCAGUCGAACAAGUUAUUAAAUUAUCAAUUGGAACUGUUAGGAUGCUGCUGAGCUAAUGGUAACAGCACCUUUGAGAGCACAACAAGAAUGAAUAACAAUUGUGUUACAAAAAUGGUGGAUUGAAAAAAAAAAAACAAAACAUACUCUGGAUUGAAGUAAGCAGUAUUUAUACAUCGUGAAGAAAUAUUACCUUUAACCAGACGUUGCCUCGCACGUUCACGUUUUUUAUUUGUGUAAGGGGCAUCUAUUUCUUUUAUUAAUGUAAACAAGUAAAUGUUGAGACAUAUAUCCAGAGAGAUCACCGUCAAGUGUUUAAGAGAGAUAUACAAAUACGUGAAGAAGUUUUCUCACAGAGCAGCUGAACAACGAUAGAAGGCGAUUUGAGAAAAUUGCUCUACUCGGUUAUAAUUACAUCGAACAUACCAAUAGUAAAUUCAAGAAGUGUACAUCGAGCGGAACUUGAGAAUAGAAUCAGCACGGUACUGCUAGAGUUUAUAUGCAUAGUUUCUGAUUGCAUUCCACGGACGCGUGUAUACACAUGUAUGAGGUUAGAGGGUUGAGCACCAGACACAUCGUAGUAGUGAAACAAACGAGUACGUCUUCUUUUGCGAUGUUUUGAUUUUAAGUUUCAGAAAACCGAACAAUUUGUAUUUAGCAAAGGUUGAAGUGAACUUUGUGUGAAUAAGAAUUUAAUAUGCUAACUCAAUAUAUUCCAAUGAUUCCGCAAAUAAGUGUAUUUUACCGAAAUGUAAAAAGUGAAAAUUCAAAAAGUUAUUUUAAAGUGCCCCAAAAUUCAUACUUGCUGUCUUAAGCGGUGUUUAUAAUUGAACGUUGCUUUCUAAUACAGCAAUCAGCAGUGUGACCAAAACAACGAUGAAUCGCUCGCAAUAGCCCGAUAGUUUCGAAAACAGUUCGUUAGUAAGGUCGGCCAGUUACUUCAAAAACGAAUCGGAUGCACGUAGAAAGCUGAGAGUGAGAAAUAACCUAAAAAUUUCAAAUUGGUGUCAACAGUAGUCAACUCAUGUUGGCCGAAAAUAGAGUCAUGAGGAUCGUCAUGUGAAUGUGAUGCAAUACUUUAUGCGGGUCAGAGAUACAAUGAAGAAUUUGCCGGAUUUCGAGUUUGGUGUAAACGGUUUUCAUGGCAAUAAUCUCAGUAAGCGUUGGAAGUCUAUUAAAACCUGACUGGACAAUUCAAAGUGCGUUUAAGAAGUUAUUUGUGAUUAGGAACAAACCGGUUUCUGGGGGAUCGGUACAAAUGUAAACGAAGACAAACAUCACGAGCAGAUGUGCAUGGAUUGAGGUCGGAAUAGUGAUGAUCUAUUUCGCAACCAAUAAACGUUACUACAGCAGUAGCCUAGAGUUGAUGACGAUACGAAAUAUGUAUCACUUUACAAGUCGCACAAUCGCCACACAAACCAGUGGCCUUUUCAAGUUCCUCGCCAGAUUUUCAGGGAGGAGACGAAUAAGUUACCGGUUACGAAGGAUAUCUAGUGUGUUUUUUCCCUGCGUAGCAAUUUUUCUAGUUUUAAGUUCCCUGUGCAGAGUAUCAGAUGCGUGUUCGAGUCGGACAACGCCCAAACCUCGUCCACCUAGUCCGACACCUAGACCAAAUAUUACAUUCCACACCUACAAAUGUCCGCCGGCGUAUGCGGCAUGGUACUGUCUCAACGAUGCUACCUGUUUCACCGUAAAAAUAGGAGAUUCGCUUCUUUACAAUUGCGAAUGUGCCGAUGGGUUCAUGGGUCCUAGAUGUGAAUACAAAGAUCUAGAUGGAUCGUACUUGCCAACUCGACCUCGGGUGAUGCUGGAAACUGCAAGUAUAGCAAGUGGUGCCAUUGUUGCGGUAGUGCUGGCGACGAUCGUGUGCUGUUACGCCUGCGUUCGGAAACAUCAGCAGAAGAAAAGACUGGAAAGCACCAACGGUGGUGUAGAUACGGUAGAUGGGGCACUUCGAGCAGUGCAAAGUGAUCAACCAAAGCGACCGUUCGGGUCACACCAUCUGAAGACGAUACCCUUGAGCGAAUCGCUGAAUCGAUAGACGCCGAGAGCAAUCUCCUUGUAGAUAGAAAAACACUAACCCUAUAGCCAUCAGAGGAUACAAGAUUGAAAAGACAUUUAAGCGCCUUUUAAGAGUGCUGGACACUAUACGGAUGACCGUGCGUUGUGGCCUAUGGUGUGUUUUCAGUGAAACAUUGAACUGCCAUGAUUCUAGUAACAUUUUACACGAUAGAUGAUGCACAGUUACUACUGGAAGAAAACAUCGGAAACAAUUCUCUUACGACCAGAGACUAAGUGCCCAGGUGUAGUUUUUAUAAGCACUGACAAAAAAGUUACUUUUAUACAUGUUCGUUAUAUUACUGAUACGAAACAACAACAGGUGCCUGUAGAUCAUUUGUGAUUGAAAGAGCGAAAUCAAAUCUAAUACGAAGUCAAGCUGCAGCUGAAACCGUUUUUGAGAUAAACAAACCCAAACUACAACCAAUACAUACAUAUGUAUGUAGAUUACGAAGAGCAACGACUCAAUUGGGAAUUAGAAAUAGACCACAAUAUUAGUCAGGGACCCACAAUCACUUUAGCCGUUGUUAAUCCAAACCUUUUCAAGAACAAUGAAACGCACCUAAAAGUUGUAUUUCGAAGAUUGAAUCGAAAGUUUUACUUAGGUUUUAUACUGUUUGUCCCUCUAGAAGAAAGAUAAAAAAAAGUUUUGACGAUCUUGCCAACAUGAACGGUUAACAGUUUUUAACAAAUUAUUUGACGUGCCAUUUUCUUAUUUCGGAAUUCAUCGCAAAGUUAAAAUUACUCAACAGAGAUAACAGCAAACAUACAAAUCAGUCAACCAUUUCAGUUAAUUAACUCUAAAAUCAAACUUAGUUGGAAACAUUCCUCAGAUAACGCAGCAUUUAGUUAGCCAGUUGGUUAACAUCACCUUCAAACUCAAAUCGAACGAAAUCCCUCAACGGCCCAGAUUGUACGAAUCUGGUUAGUCAAAGCUGAUCUUCAAGAUCAAAAUCUUCUCAACGAAAAUCAUAUUCUUAUAAACUCUACAAAUCAAAUUACCAUUCGCACAGACUAACAGAAACGAACCUAAGAGUGUAAAUUGGGUGAAAUAAUUGUUUAAUCCAAAUGUGAAAUUUUGAAAAUGCUUUGAAGCCUCCUAAGAAUUUAACUGAAUAUUCUAUUUAAGUUUACAAUGCUAAGCACUUUUGGCAGUAUAAAAGAAAUACUAACAAAAACUACCAAUCAGAAACAUUUAGAUAAUUUAAAAUAUUUCAACUGAUUCAAUUCAAUUCAAUGAACAAUCGUUCUGGAUUUUUUUUCCUUCAAAAUUAUUCAAGUGACUUAAUUUUUAUGCUAAGGAGCUUAUUGAAAAGAUCUGAUUCAUUAUUUGGAGUAGAUGAAAAUCAUUUUAGUCUACAGAAGAUAAACUCAUCGUUUUCAAAGGUAUCACAAGCAGAAUACUGAGUAACUCCUUCGUAGACUUUUAACGGUUAAGCAAAUUGAAAAAUUUAUUCGAAGCUCAGCAACAGUUCAAGCUGCUUGGAGCAGUAUCUAUUUUCUUCUGCUAUUUUUUUUUUGAAUUAAAAGGAAUUUGCUGUGGGAAAUAUUCGCUUAUUUAUUUAAUAGGUUGCAAAAUGAUUUUUUUGACUACUGGUUCGUGGAAAAUUUUGCUCCAAAUUUCAUUUUAUUAAAAAAUCAUUUGCGCCUGCAAGAAGGCCAUCUUAAUGAAAAUUUGAGGUUGCACGACUAAAUCAUUGAUCAUAAAUCAUUUCAAAUCAAGUACCUACGUAGUUAAAUGAACUUUCCCGCUUUGAAAAGGUGUCGAAAAUAAGUAAUUUUCUGCAAAGAAAUCGGUAUUGAAAAUCAGACAUUUUAACACUUAAAUGCAGAAAAGUAACUUCUUAUAGCAAAAUAACAUUACAAAUUUCAGAGUAUUUCUAACAUACUGAUGAAUAUUUUUGACAGUUCAAAUAUUUUUUGCUACAAAACUUUUCGCUAAUUUGCAAUUACUCCAGAAAACGAACCAUUUCCGAGCUUGGAGAAUUAAUUUUCACAUACAGGAUUUUUAUUUAACCACAUGGACCACUAGUACACAACUGCUUUACUAAUAGCCGCUGAAUAACUGACACAUUCGCUUGAAAUUUGACGUUCAAUUGCUCUCAAUUUGAAAACACGAAAAUUGUAAAACACCAAAGUUAUAUACAUUUCAAUUUAUUUGUAAAUUCGAUUGUUAUUAUUUUUUCACUACUUCAUUAUUGCUCUACACUUUUGUAGAGUAAAUGUUUUUAUUAUGGAAUUUAUCUACUUUUUCUUGUUUUUGAAACAAAAAAUACUAUUGAGUGAUUCCUUCUGUCAGAUUGAUUGUUCGAUCCCAUUGAAUAGGCUUUGAAUUUCUGUUAGUCUGCUAGCUCACGAUCAUACACGAACGCCCAACUAAACUUUAAUAGAACGAUAAUUAUUAUUUAAUUUAUUUAUUUUCGUUAUUGUACCAGCCAAAGGUAUGUGGUUCAAUUGGCUCCGAUUCGGUCCGAAGCAGAGCAAAAAAGUAUUUCGAUUUUUGGAAAAGAACCCAUCAAAAUUACUAUAUCGAUGAUAGUUUGUGAUAAUCCGUAAAUCAUUAGUUCAUUUCUCUAGCAUCCCAUACCGAAAACCUGGACAAAACUAGCAAAAAUAAUUUAUCAAAAGACGCUAAGGCUGCUAAGAACUAAACGAUAAAUGGCAGCUCAAAAGAAAUAAUAAUUCGACAGCUAUUUAGUAAUUACCAACGCCUAUACAAAUAUUAUUUAGAAUUCGUCGUGCCUGAUGAGUUUCAGAGCUUUUUUUUCCCAGCGAAAUUGAAGGUUUACCCCCUCACUUUCUUAACCAAAAUCGGAUCCGAAAUGAUAUUUGUCCAAGGCAAGGAAAAGCAAUCUAAUUAAAGCGCAGUAUAAACCGUCACGAGUAACACUAUUUUAUUAUCUAAUAUUAUUAGGAACUAACGAAUGUACAGACACCGGCAAAAGUAUUCACUAGAAAUCAAAACAUGAAAGUAUUGUAAAUAUGUUUUCAAAUUCGAAUAGAAGAACGGCAAACAAACAAAAAUAAAUCAAGAAAACAAACAUCGCCAUCGAAUGUAUUGUUUAUCAUUGAACUAGGUAGACCUUUUUUAAUUCAUUACAAAGUUAUUUUAUUUUAUCGCUUAAUAACGAGGCGUGUUUGGUAGGUUGCCAAAUGUAUGUUUGAAAUUACAAUGAGAAAAUCGAAUGAAAUCUGAAUAUAUGUAAAGAAGUGAAUGAAACACGCCGUCAAUAUUACCUGCCCAUUGUUCGAAUGUUUCGGUGUCUUGCAGCAUCAAAGUAUCGGUGUGAUACGAUUAUUUCAUUUUAGGGCUGAAUAUAAUCUGAGAAUACUACUGGUAUAACUUCAUCGCAAACAAAAAUCAUCAUUUUCGAGGCACGCUAGUAAUCAAACCAAACUUACAUUCCUUUAAGCUGCGCGUUCAAUUUUACUUUCCUAAUUUAUUGAAAGAAAUAAUCAUCAGCCGGACACCAAUAUAAUUUGAAAGGCAGUGCAAUAUGGUAUUAGAACUGACAUCAGAAUUUGUAUAAUAUUGAUUUGUAUAAAAAGGAAACACACAUUUUUUUGUAUAUUUUGAGCUUUAAAUAAAAUUAAUCAACAUGUUUUUGUUGGUCAUUAA